GUGUAGGUCAGGUGUGGUAGGUAGCGCACUGUGGAAGCAGGCAAGUCAGAGUCAAACCAGCAAGGGGUCAAGCCCAAAAUUAGUCCAUUGGGGCAGACAAGGCAAAGCCAAACAAGCAGGAGAUUGGAAGCCAAAGACAGGAUAAGGCAAGGUCAGAGUCAGAACAAGCAAAGCAUCAGGAGCCAAAGAAGUAGCAUCAGUCCAUUAGAAGUAGACAGGGCCAAAAACAAGAAAGGGUCAGAAGCCAGAGAAUCUAAAAGCAGAGUAGGAGCAGAAACAAGGUGGCACACAUUCACAACAAAAUUGCUUCAGCAAACAGUGGAGGCAAACCAAAGCCUUAUAUACACAGCCAGCACUGCAGCCCCUCCCAAGCCUGGAAUAUCUUGAAGGGGCUGCACCCUAUUUCUUAAGGGCUGGCUAGAGCAUAGCUGGGUGGCUGCAGAUGAGGAUUGGGGUGUUUGUUUGUUUGUUUGUUUAUUUAUUUCAUUUAUAAACUGUCUAUCCAAUGGCUCUGGACUGUGUGCAACAAAUUUAAAAAGACAUUAAAACAUACCAUUUAAGACACAGUGCUAAAAACAAUAUAAAAAUGCAAAAACAAAACCAUUUAAAACCAAUUAAAAUACUUUUUUAAAAAAAUUAAAAACCUUGGAAGGCCAGUCCAAACAAGUAAGUUUUUAGGGCUCUCUUAAAGGCCCAACAGCGAGCCUAACUUGUAGAUAUAUGCCGGGAGAGCAUUCCAUAGGCCAGGAGCAGCUACAGAAAAGGCCCGGUUUUGAGUCGCCACCAGAUGUACUGUUGGUGACUGGAGACGGACCUCUCCAGAUGACUUUAACGAGUGAUGAGGAUUGUACCAAAGAAGGCGCUCUCUAAGGCAGCCCAGACCCAAGCCAUUUAGAGCUUUAAAAGGCAGAGUCCAAGAAGGCAUCUCCCUGCUGGAGAAUGUCCGAAAACGCCAUGUAGAUGUUUCCUUAUGCUGCCUCCUGGGCCUCAUUUAUGCACAUAAAAAAUGUGAAAAUGUUGAUGCUGCUGCUGUUUUGGACUUAGAGAACAAAUUAAAGGAAACACGGAGGACCGCUGGAAGCAAUGCAUUAUAUUAUGCUGGGAUGUUUCUGUGGCUAAUGAAUAAAAAUGAUAAAGCAAAGGAGUAUGUCGACAAAAUGCUAAAAGUGUCCAAUGGAGCAAGAGAGGGUCUCGUUUUGAAAGGAUGGGUAUAUGUUACCUGUGACAAGCAACAUGCUGUUAAGAAAUCUAUCAAAUACCUGGAUGAAGGAAUUCAGGACAAUACAGAUAUAUUUGGGAUGAUGGGAAAGACAAAAUAUUUCAUGGUGCAACAGAAUUAUUCAGGUGCUCUGGAAAUAAUUAGCCAAUUAGUGGUUACUUUCCCUUUCUUCACACCAGCCCUUGUUACCAAGAUGAAGCUUCAUUUAGCUUUACAAGACUGGGAGCAAAGUGUAGAAGAAAGUAAAAGAAUCUUAAGCAGAGAAGCAAAUGAUAUAGAUGCACUUCAACAUAUUGUUGUACAUCAACUUGCCAUGACUGGAAAUAUAAAUAUGGCAUUGCAUCACCUUAGGGAAUUUAUUGCUGCUUUGGAGCUGAAAGAGCCUCAAAGACCAGAACUUCACCUUCAAAAAAUUAUUGUGAUCAGUAGACUGUCUGGGAAAAAUCAUGAAGUCCUGCAGGAAGUUUGUGAGUUUAUUAAAAACUCAUGUGGUAAACUAACAUCCACUGAUGCACGAUUUGCAAAUGAACUUGGAUAUCAACUAAUCCUUCAGGGAAACUGGAAGGAAGCUUCUGUGUGGUAUAGAAAAGCUGUAGAGUUGGAUGAAAACACUGUGGAUUCACUGACAGGCAUUAUUUGGUGCUUGGUGCUGGGAGGGAAACUAGAAGAAGCAGAGCAACAACUGGAAUUCCUCAAGGAAGUUCAGCAGUCCAUUGGAAAAUCUUCAGUCCUAGCUUACCUUCAGGCUAUGAUUGCUUCAAGGACAAAGAAGAAUGAGAAGAGCGCCAGUGCCCUUCUCAAUGAAGCUGCAGAACUUCAUUUUUCCGCUUUGCAUGGCCUUCCUCUGAGCAUUGAAUACUAUGAAAAGCUCAACCCCAUGUUUUUGAUUGAAAUAGUGAAGGAGUAUUUGGUCUUCUGUCCCAAGCAGCCUCGGUUACCUGGUCAAGUUUUAUCCUCUCUUCUGAAGCAAGCAACUAUAAUUUUGAAUCCCAUUGUGAAAGCAGCUCCUGGGAUGAUAGAACCUCUUUUUCUAAUGGCACAGGUUAAAUAUUUAUCAGGAGAAUUGGAAACUGCUCAGGGUACUCUGCAACGUUGUUUAGAGUUGGACCCCACAUCAACAGAUGCCAGUCUUCUUAUGGCUGAGAUCCACCUCUCUCAAGGAAACAUCAAAGAAUGUUCCCUGUCACUAGAAAUAGGAGUCAGCUACAAUUUUCAGCUUCGUGAUUAUCCAAUGUAUCAUUUCAUCAAGGCCAGAGCGCUGAAUAAAUCUGGGGAGUAUCCUGAAGCCAUUAAAAUUUUAAAAAUGCUUAUCAGUUUACCACAGAUGAAAGAGGCUAAGAAAAGCCAGGGGCCCCGAAUAACAACAAGUGAACAAGUUUCCAUCUAUCUAGAACUUGCCAAAGGUCUUCGACUCAACGGGGAACUGCAUGAAGCUACUAAGAUCAUGCAAGAUGCUAUCAACGAAUUCAGUGGAACAUCAGAGGAGAUCCGAAUCACUGUUGCAAAUGUAGAUUUGGCUCUCAGUAAAGGAGACGUGGAUUUAGCCUUAACUAUGUUGAGGAAUAUCACACCAAACCAGCCAUAUUACACUGAAGUUAAGGAAAAGAUGGCUCAGAUUUAUCUUCAGAUUCGAAAAGAUAAACGAUUGUACAUUGGAUGCUAUUGUGAACUAUGUCAAAAUCUGCCAAGUCCUCAUACAAGCCUUCUCUUGGGUGAUGCCUACAUGAAUAUUCAAGAGCCUGAGAAAGCCUUGGAAGUUUAUGAAGCAGCUCAGAAGAAGAACCCCUUGGAUGCAACAGUGGCAAGGAAAAUUGGGCAAGCAUAUGUGAACACCCAUCAAUAUAACAAGGCUAUCAAUUACUACGAAGUUGCUCUCAAGAUGAGUGAGCAGGACUUCUUGUGUCACGAUCUAGCUGAUCUCCUCUUAAAGCUCAAAAAGUUUGGCAAAGCAGAGAAAGUUCUAAACCAAGCACUAGAUCAUGACCCUGUUGAUGAUCUGCCUUCUAUGAUGAAGGAUGUCAAGAACCUGAUGUUGCUAGCAAAGGUUUAUGAGGCAACUAAAAGAGAAGUUGUUCUGGAAACUCUGAACAAGGCAAAUGGCAUCCAGCAAAGAAUCCUGAAGCGAGUCCGUGUAGAACAGCCAGAACUGAUCCCUCCUCAGAAACAAGUGGCACUGAUUAUCUAUGUACAGUUUGCUGAAUUCUGCCGAGAAGAGAAGAACUAUGCAGAUGCUCUGAGAUACUACACGGAAGCCCUGUCCUGUGUUCCAACUGACAGUAAAAUAAUUCUGGAACUAGCUCAUCUGCAUUUGAUGCAAGGAGACACUGAUCAGUGUGAGCAUUAUUGUGCCCUGAUGCUUCAAGAUGACAACAGUAGUGAAACUGGAACAAUGAUGAGGGCAAAUCUUAUGUUUAGAAAAGAGGAAUAUAAAGAAGCUAUACGUCUCUACCAAACUGUUCUGGAGAAAAGACCAGAUAACUUCUCAGUCAUUGAGAGCUUGAUUGAUCUGCUGAGAAGAAGUGGCAAGCUUGAUGAAGUGACACCGUUUUUUGAACUGGCCAAGAAGAAAUCAACUCGAAUACCUUUGGAGCCUGGUUAUAACUACUGCAAGGGACUUUACUGCUGGCACAUGGGGCAGCCCAAUCAGGCUCUGAAGUUCUUCAAUAAGGCUCGUAAGGAUAGUGACUGGGGCCAGAAAGCCCUUAGCUAUAUGAUUCAGAUAUGCCUCAAUCCUGACAAGGAGAUAAUCGGUGGAGAGGCUUUUGAUAACCAAACUGGGGAUGCAAGUAUUCUAAAGGAAAAGAGAGAAUCUGAACAGCAUGGGAUACGUACAGCUGAGAAGCUUCUUAAGGAAUUUUACCCUCACUCACAAGAAAGUCAAAAUCAAGUGGAGAUGUUGCAGAGCUACUGUUUAAUGGCCACAAAAGAGAGGUAUAAUGUGGAGAAGGCCCUUCAUGCAUUUACAGAAAUGGCCCAGAAUGAGAAGGAAAAUGUCCCAGCCAUUUUAGCAAUGGCCCAAGCAUUCAUGAUUCUUAAAUCUACAUCCAAAGCCAGGACCCAGCUGAAACGUUUGAACAAAGUGAAUUGGUCUUUGACAGAUGCUGAAGAGUUAGAAAAGGGUUGGAUUUUGUUGUCAGAUAUCUACUGCACAACCGGGAAAUAUGACCUUGCAACUGCACUAGUGAAACGGUGUUUACAGUACAAUAAGUCGUGCUCUAAAGCUUAUGAAUGCUUGGGAUUUAUCGCAGAAAGGGAAAAAGCAUACAAAGAUGCUGCAGCUAACUAUGAAUUAGCUUGGAAAUACAGUAACCACACAAAUCCUGCAAUUGGAUUUAAGCUUGCUUUCAACUAUCUAAAAGAUAAGAGAUAUGUGGAAGCAAUAGAUGUAUGCCAUGAUGUUCUGAAAGCUUGCCCAGAUUAUCCAAAAAUUAGAGAAGAAAUUUUGGAAAAGGCCCAAACAGCAAUUAGACCCUAGAAUGGGUAAUGAUAUAGUCUCCUGCGCCAUCUAAAAAUAUGUCAGUCGAGUUUGAGAAUAAUACCAUAAUCUUCAAUAAAGAUUUCUGUACAUUUUAAAACUCUCUAAUUGGUGCCAUUAUUAAAACCAACUAUAGAAAUUAAAAUCAGCCCUAGCACUCUGCCAAAGUGGCUUCUUGGGAAGGAAAAGCUGUGAUUGCUGGUACAACACAUCCUAUUGGGCUUUUGUUUGGCACUGUCUCCUCCUCCCCCCACACCCACCCACAUUUAGCAAGACAUGUGCAGAGCCUUGCAGUUUGCCAGUCACCAGGAGUGACUUGAGUUGCCUCAUCCUGCCACACAGAUGAGCAAACUAUUCAGGGAGAGCCACAAGACAAUAUUGGGCAGGUCUACCUUCAAGGUCUAUCAGAACCAUGGUGCAGUAUUUCCCAGCAUACACAGCACUGCCUCCAUCCCCAUCCCAAGGUGACAUGCGCAGAUACUUGGAGGCUUCUGAGUCUCGGACAAGUAGAAGCAGAAGGGAAGUAGUCUGUGUUUAUGUGUUCCUCACCCCUCACAGGGAGAGGCAGUGCAUGCUGUCUCUGCUUUCAUAGGAUCCUGGAACCUUGCUGUGGAAAAAGUGUCAGAAAACUGAAGCAGGGAUUGGUUGCCCACCCUCCCCUAGUCUUUCUUUCCAGGGCUGUGUCGUCAUGCUCUGAAUGCCUUAUAUAUUUAGAACCGUACAAUUCACUCACCUAAUGAGGGAACCAUGUAUGCUGAAUCCCCUCUUCAUUCAUAGUGAUCUCCAGGCAGCCACUGCUGGAGAACCCUAUAUGUGGACCUACAGAGUCUGGAAAGCAGACCCUGAAGAGUCUCAGCAGCACCUAGCAGUGUGAAAAACAUCUAGAUGGCAUCCAGGCCCCUUGAUAGGAUUUUGAAAUCUACGGCUGUAAUGUGAACCAAAUGUCAAAGCAUGUACACUGCCUUCAAUGCAUUACUCCACUCACUUUGAUGGACAUGAAUCAAGCAUUCUUUAUUACGGUCAUAGACCAGCAUAAAGUAUAAGGGUGCUUACAUAUUAAAAGUGAGAGUAGAUAAAAAGUAGACAGGCUGAUUGCAUACAGUAUGGUACUUAAGGUGCUUAAUAAUACUAAAAAUAGUAGAAAAUACAUCAGGAGCAUGAGGGCAUAAGAAGCCUGAAAAGUUAUAAAAUUCAUAGAAGUGCAUAAAAAGGGAUGGGAGGGGACAAAAAUUGAUGUAAAAAAAGAUUAAAAGACAUGAGAAGACAAAAAUACAUAAAAACCUAAGUAAUAAAACUGGAUAACGGCCAGACUAUAAGGCUCUAGUUCAACAAAAAAGGGAGGAGCGUAAGCAUUUCUAUUGAAUCAGUAUUGAGUGAGCAAGUGUAGAGCCUGCCUUGAGUCACCAAGGGUCAGCUAAAGGCUGAUAGGACUCACUGCCCACCAUCCACCGAUUAAUGUGUUAGGAAUUAUCUCUGGUAAGAGAUACCCUUCUAAUAUAGCGGAGUGCACAGAGGCACAACACAGUGGAGUCUGUCCAGGCAUGCUUGUUUGCUGAGAGCAAAAUAACUUGGAGCCAGUUCAUAGUUUCAAAUCAAUAUAUGGAGUAUUUAUUAGUGAACUCCAUUCUAGAUCGUAAAGUGGAGAGAUAGGAUCUCUAAUCUACUGUAGCUAGCUAGCUGGAUGCAGAGGGAUAGAUUCUGCAUCUCUGCACACAUGGUGCAGGGAGAGAGGAGCAUGUGUGUUGCAAGGGAGAUGAAAGGGAAGAGGAAAUGGCAAGGAAGGAAGGAAGUCCCUGAGAGUAGCAAUCUACAUACCAAAGGGAUAGCAUCAGAGCAGAAGAGAAGGGAUGACCAAUGUCUUGACCUACCUAGCUCUCUGACUCACUAGUCUGUCCCCCUCUGUCAUUGAGAUAUGAGACAGUGCAAAGUCCUUCACUUCCAACAGAAUGCUGGUCGCAGCUGCACAAAGCCUGGCAGCACUCGAUGUGAUGGCAGGCUUAGAGUCAGAAAGCAGCAAGGAGCUGUAGAACUGGCUCGAAUGUCCUGGAUGCUUGCAUAGCAAUGGAAGAAUGAGGGAGGCACGAAUGUCUCUAUAGAACAAACAGUAAAGGAGGACAUGCUCGGUAGUUUCAAUAUGCCCUGAGCCACAAGGGCAUAAUCAGCCAUAGAGAGCCCGUGUGGUGUAGUGGUUAGAGUGCUGGACUAGGACUGGGGAGACCCAAGUUCAAAUCCCCAUUCAGCCAUGAUACUUGCUGGGUGACUCUGGGCCAGUCACUUCUCUUUCAGCCUAACCUACUUCACAAGGUUGUUGGGAGGAGAAAUGUAAGUAUGUAGUACACAGCUCUGGGCUCCUGGGAUGAAGAGUGGAAUAUUUAAAAAAUGUUUUUAAAAGUUAAAAAACAAACAAACAGGGAGGUGGGAUUUGGUGGCAUUGUUUUACGUUGUUCCACUCCUAUCUCUCUGGCAGAUUCCAGAUCGCAUCACUUGGAGACUGUUGUUCGGCUAAGUGAGAACUGAAGUGUGGAGUUCCACAAGGCUCCAUACUGUCUCCAAUGCUCUUUAACAUCUACAGGAAACCGCUGGGAGAAUUCAUCAGGAGGUUUGGUGCUGGGUAUUAUCAAUAUGCUGAUGACACCCAGAUCUACUUCUCCAUUCUGUUCUCUUCACGAAAGGGCAUAUCUUCCCAAAAUGCCUGCCUGGAGGCAGUAAUGGGCUGGAUGAGGGAUUACAAACUGAAGUUGAAUCCAAAUAAGAUGGAGGUACUGACUGUGGGGGGACAAGACCUGAGAGAUGGUUUAGAUAAGCUUGAUCUGGAUAGUGGUCCUGGAUAUUCAUAACAGUGGGUUCUGCGCGUGCGCAGGCCAGCUUCAGUAAGAAUUCUAUAGCUCCUCGAGAUGCUGGCAACCGCCUACUGCACGUGACUAGCACCAUCUAGCGGCAGUUGGGCGUCCUCUUAUUCAGUUUCUUUCUGACUGCCGUUGUGAUCAGACUUCGGAAACGCUUGCUCCUCAGUUACUAAAACAAAACUUACAAAAUACCUACGACUCUCUGGCUAUGACAAAAGACUGAAUUGACUACUCUUCCGGAUAUUGUUUUCAACUUGGUGAACCGUGAACUCUACGAAAAAACUCAUAAAGACGCGGACUGUUUGACCACUCUACUUUCGUUUUCCCUCUCGGCGUGUUCUCAAUCUCGGCUACCCUCCUCUCUGACUCCGGAAUGCCUGACCUUCCUUUACCAAGCUCCAAACGGACUCCUUUGCAAUGAGCGCCCCACAGGGUAAGGAGAAAACGACUUUUAAGAGGUGUUCUGAGUGCUGGGGAAAACUCCCGUCUACGGAUGGCCAUGACCUCUGCCUUUUCUGUUUAGGCGAGGCUCAUGAUACUUCAAAAUGCCCCAUUUGCCUAACAUUUAACAAACAAACGCUCAAAAAUCGUGAAGCGCAGCUAAAGGUGUUCCUUAUGGAGGAGGCGCUGAUGGCUCGGAAAGACACGCCAUUGAAACCGGGUCCUGCUGCUCAUUUGCAGUCCAGUAUCCUGCUGAAGCCUAAGACAGCCGCAGUUGGCCGUCCCUCGACAUCGAGGGCAUUGACGCCGGGCGCUCCGGCAUAGACAAAACUGGCUGUUGCUUUUUAAAAGCCUUCGGAACCUUCUGCAGCCGCAAAGAGGGGUGCUGCCACGACACCGAGUAGCAGCCCAAAGAAGAAGAAGCGCAAGGAUAGACACAAGGAGCUGAGUCAUCCUUCGACCUGUACCCCAUCGCCAUCGGGGUUGCAGACAGUUCUACCGCCACGACAUCGAGCGCUCUCUUUGUCCCCGGCAUUGACUCCUCGGCAGUCGCCUUCUACUCCGUUGUCUCUUCAGCAUGCUGUGCCAGGAAGGGAGAGGGAGAGCAUCUCGGCGUCGAAGGUUGGCGACCAGUCGACCUCGAGAUCCAAGCCAGCAUCGUCUCAGACAGAAUGUUCUGCUCCUGCCUCAACGCACGCUAAACCAUUGACGUCGACAGCGGACUUCCUUAUCGAAGACCCGACAAAGGUAUCGAUUGUCUUGGACACCGUGCUUGAUGCCGAGGCUGCCGAUGCCGAGCCUAUGGAGGAGGUUGUGUCUUUCAACCAGGAGACACCACCUCCCCAACGCAGAUUGACACGCUUGCUGGAGUCGGAAGUGAGCGCACGCUCUACAGGAACCUUUACUGGCUUCAGUGUCUUCGAAGGUCCUAUUCCCAAGACUCCUUCUUUCUCUGCUACCACUACGCCUGUGAUGACACAUACCAACUGGAAUGAUGCCUGCGCCAUCCCGAGGGCGCAAUACUCCUUGUUUACUCAGUGGCUUAAUGAACGUGAGCUUGGGGCUCCAAACUUUACCUGCUCUGAUUCUGCCACACAAACGUCUCCAUAUCCCACACGUCAGGUACAUCAAACUGACUCUGUGAUUCAAACUUCGUCAUGCUUCCCAGAACUCCGCUCGGUGUUAUUCCAAGCGGACUUCCCUGGAGCGCUGUUGCGACCGCCGCUACUGGCUCACCCAGUGGCCACUCAGACUUCGACGACCCUAACUGGGCAGCCUAGGCCACAGCCUCUGGUGUCCACAGUUCUUGGAGACUCGCCCACGCGUAAUGCACCUGCGCGCCGCUCGCCUAGGCGGCAGUCGCCCAUCCCUGUACGACAUUCUCCACACCGACAUUCGCCCAUUCCUAUCUUGGAAGAUGACAGUGGCGAUGGGACUGACUCUUAUGAGUCCGACACCAUGGAACCGGACCCAGGGGAUCCUGACGAACCAGAACUACCAGAUCCGGGACUUAAUGUGGCUGUUGUUCCCUCUGCAUCACCCAAUGAGGAGAUUGAAGGCAAUCUCUCCAGUGCAGUGGGCACAGGGACAGUCGGGGUUCUACUCCCGGUACUUCCAGAUCCCGAAAAGGGAUGGGGGCAUACGUCCCAGCAUGGACCUAAGACACCUGAAUCUGGAGCUACUCGGGGCCUUCAAGGCGCUACGAGCCUUCCAGCCACACAUAGCAGGUCAGGUGGUCCUGCUGCAAAUGGACAACACAACAGCCAUUGCUUACGUAAACAAGCAGGGCGGAACAGUGUCGAGGUCACUCUGCAACCUCAGCAUCCGGAUCUGGGACUGGUGUAUCCCCCAGUCAAUUCAUCUCAUCGCAAUUCAUAUCAAGGGAACACACAAUUGCCUACCAGAUCAUCUGUUACAGGAAGAACCUCAAGACUCUCCUGUUUCCACAGGUUUUUAAUUAGAAUUAAUUUUAUUAAUUUAAAAAAAUCUUUUAAUAUCUAUUUUAUUCUAUUGUUUUUAUUGCCAUGUAUUUUAAUUUGUGACUUCUAAAUAUUUUAAAUUUUGUACACCACCUAGAGAUGUACAUAUCAGGCGGUAUAGAAAUAUGGUUGAAUAAAUAAAUAAUAUUGGUGAAGAGUGA